GGAAUCUUUACUGCAGUUAGCACUGCGACCCGUCACCAAGAUCUAAUUUCGAGGCGCGUGACGAUGAUAUUGAUGAUGAGUGUUCGCGUGAGGAACGAUACUAUGUUGGAAGGCCAUAUUCAGCGGUCAGGAAAACUGUCUUUACUUUCGAGAGGAUGAUACAUCCAAUUCUGUUGAGACGACGAAUCGAUCAGAAGGGCCCUUUCACAGUAGAGAGCUUUCGCCACCUUUCACACCUUGUGCUGCUGGUGAAUUCUACUGGCAAGAUUCUGAUUUACGCACAGCGAAGAAUUAUUAUGAUGAUGCUCGAGGACUGUAUCUGAGCAUUGACGUAGAUGGUGAUGAUGGUAAUUUCUAUGGGAGCGACUGGGCUCCCACCGCGACGCCAGAAUCAUAUGGGGUCUACCCUUCUAGUGAGGUUGAAGGUUAUUACGAUAAAGGACAUUUUGAAAAUCGAUAUGUUUACGAUUAUUAUAAUUUUUAUCAGUCUAUGGAUAACGGAGAUAAUACGAAUGAGGUUGGGAGAAAUUUGGUAUGCGCCAUCUGCGAUGAAGAUAUCGUUGCCAGGGGCAGGCGAUUCGGACUACUGGAGAAUUGUUCGCAUCCCUUCUGCUUGGAAUGCAUUCGAAGAUGGCGCGAUCAGAAAGGCUCCCAAGAUAGGACUAAUCUGCGGCUGUGUCCACUGUGCAGGGUGGAAAGUUUUCUUAUUACGCCAUCGGAAGUGUACCUGCCGGACGGACCUGACAAGACUGAGGUCAUUCGAGGGUAUAAAGAAGCACUCGCGAGAAUACCCUGCAAGUUUGUAACGGCUGGUGAAGAGUGUCCCUUUGGGAGUUCUUGCUAUUAUAAACAUGAUGAUAAUGAUCAUGAUGAUGAUGAGGAACGCGGGAAGAGAUUCCUAUGUGGCGCAGAUGGUAAAGUCCAGGCCCUAAGGAAGCCGAAAUUGUCGGACUACCUAUUCCCUUGUAAGCAGUAGGUUGUUAUUUGUACAUAGUCUAGGAUGACGACAGUGUUUACCAAUUCUGCUAUGGCUUGCCGCAAUUCUGUACAGGAAGGCGUAUGAGAGUUCACUGUUUUGCUGCUGGUGAGGUACGU